AUGAGGUUGACGUUGAAAAAAUGUUUAUUGAGUAUAUUUUUCAUUACUUUACUAAUAGUGGGGUACUUUUCUUUACAAUUAGUAGAUCUAGUACAAAUUCGAGAUUUAUUAUUUGAUACUGAAAAAUUUGAUCUUGAAAGUCUUAAGCAAGAUAAUUUAAGAAUUAAACAAGAUAUUCAUUAUUCCAAUUAUUUAUUUAGUGGAUAUAACAAUUUCACUAAAGAAUUUACCGAUCUUGAUAAAAUUAAACAAUUACCAAUUAAUGAAAAAUGUGAAAUUAUAUUUAAUCAAUGGAAUAAAUUUAAUCCUGAUUGGAGAUUUCGUACCUGGAAUCAUAGAGAUGAAAGAUAUGAUAAAUCAUCAGAUAAAAAAGAUGAAUUUUUCAAAGAUAGAAUUGAUGAAAUACGAAAGAAAUUUGAAAAAUCUUUCCCUAAUAGAAAAUUCGAAUUAGAUAGACUGAUGAAUAUAACAAUAUCUAAAAGAUUUAAAGAAAGUGUACGAAAAUCAAAAGAAAUCUUACAAAAAAUGGCAGAUACAACUACUUUAAUACGUUUAUAUGGUAAAUGUUUUAUUGGGAAAGAAAAUAAACUUAAUGAUCAAUUAAAUACAUUAUAUAAAGAUUUUACAAAGAGAAUUUUCCCAUUUAUGAAUGAAGUAUCACCUAGAUUUAGAAAAGCUGGAGAAAUUGAAGAUUAUGGAUGGCCAGUAUAUGAUGAUAAUAGUAAUAUAAUUGAAAGGAAAGACGAUUUAACAGAGAAUCCGAUUGAUUUCCUUAAUAAGAAUGUUAAAGGACGUGGGAUUGUGAUUUCCGUAUCAACGAGACAUUCAAAAGAUGUUUCUAGAUUAAUUAAAGUUCUUCGAGCUUUGAAUAAUAAACUUCCAAUUCAAAUUCUUUAUAAAAAUGAUAUUAGCAAGAAAGCAAUGACAGCUAUUGAAGAUGCAGCAAUAGCCACACCUGAAGAAUUACUACAUCCUUCAAUUACACAAGAACAUAAGAAUUUUAUGCCAGAGUUACAAUUAUUGGAACAAUAUAAAGAAUAUGGAUCAGAAUUUCCUAAACAAGAUUUAACAUUCGUUAAUAUUAUUAAUUGUGUAUCGAAAGGAUAUAAAUGGUCAUUUACGGGGUAUUCAAAUAAAAUAUUAGCUAUGUUAUUUACAAGUUUCGAAGAAUUAAUAUUGCUUGAUGCAGAUGUUGUUCCAUUAGUUCCACCUGAAGAAUUUUUCAAUUCUAAGCAAUACAAAAAAUCAGGCACUUAUUUCUUCAAAGAUCGUUCAUUAAGAGAUCAUAAUGAUUAUAUUGAAACUAAUUUUUUCACAACUUUAUUUCCAAGUAAUGAAAUUUCAAUUGAGACGUUAUUUGAUAUUCCCAGAAUAACAGAGAAAACAUUAGGUAAUAGAUAUAUGACUGGAUGGAGACAUCAUCAAGAAGCUGGUGUUGUUGCAUAUAAUAAAAAACAGCAUUAUUUGGGACUAUUACUAAUGUUCCCAUUGUGUCUUUGGACAGAACCUAUUAAUAGUAGUGUUUGGGGAGAUAAAGAUUUAUUUUGGUCAUCAUUAUCUUGUGCAGCUGAUGAAAAUUAUGAAUUUAAUGAAUAUUCAGCAGCUUCAGUAGGUGAAAGAACAACAGAUGAAAAAAGGAAAUAUUAUCCAAAUAGUCAAAGCAAUGAACUUUGUUCAACUCAUCCUGGUCAUAUCAAUGAAGAAGGGAAAUUAUUAUGGAUAAAUUCUGGAUUUAGUUAUUGUAAAAAAAAUGGAUAUUAUAGAGAUCGAGUUAAAUUUCCAUUUUCAGUAUUUGAACAAAAAGAAUUAUUAAGUUUAUUUAAUUCUCCAUUGAAAAUAAGAUCAGCCGUGAUUCCACCUGAUUUACCAAAACUUAGAGAACCCGGAAGUCCACCUGAUCCAACAUCAGAAUUGGAAAUUAUUAAAUCUUGGAAACAAAGAAAGAAAGAUAUUGAUGAAAUUAAUGAAAAAUUGCCAAAUGAUGAAGAACGUUAUCAGUUUAUAACUGAAUGGGGACCACAGAAAGGAUGGGUUAAAAAUUCUAUUUGUUUUGGAUAUUAUUAUUGCGCUUAUGAUCAAAUUGAAAGUUAUUCUCCAGAUAAAGAUUUUGAUAUUGGACAUUAUUUUGAAUUUGACGAUGAAUCAACCAGAAUGUAUGAUUUUUUAAGUAAGAUUUGGCACACUGGUGGAUCAAGAACUAAAUAUACCCCUCCACCUGUUGAAGAAGCAGGAGAUGAUCCUAAAUGA